UGUUUGUUUGUGGCUAGUAGCCGAACACAAGGUAGGCAGCAGAAGUUAAACUGGGAGGAGUCCGCACCACUCAGACGUUUUGCUGCUUUACCAUUAAAGAAAAGUCGCCCAAGACGUCGGGACCUCGGAGCAACGGGCUCCCUUCGCGCCUCCAGCGGCCGUCGCAGCCUUGCCAAGCGCUCCCUGGAGGAACUCCCACAAUUCCCAGCCAGGCGGAGGGACCGCCCCCUGUGACGUCGUGCCCGCGGACUGGCCGGCGUUGGGGUCGGGCCUCAGCCGCAGGCGAGCGGGAACUGCAGACCCAGUGGUCGCCAUGACUGGCUCGGGGACCUCGCGGCACCGACGUGUCCAGCCGUUUGUCGGCUGGCCAGCACCUGGCAUCCUGCUGCUGCUUCAGAGCCUGCUUGGGACCCUGGCCAGCAAACUCAACGUGCCGCAGGUGUUGCUCCCCUUCGGCCGGGAGCCAGGCCGCGUGCCCUUCCUGCUGGAGGCGCAGCGGGGCUGCUACACCUGGCAUUCCACCCAUCAUGACGCAGUAACUGUUGAGCCUUUAUAUGAAAAUGGCACCUUAUGUUCCCAAAAAGCUGUGCUCAUUGCUGAAUCUACCCAACCGAUUCGCCUAAGCAGUAUUAUUCUUGCUCGAGAGAUAGUGACUGACCAUGAACUGCGCUGUGAUGUUAAGGUUGAUGUGAUAAACAGCAUUGAAAUUGUAUCUCGAACCCGGGAACUCUAUGUAGAUGAUUCACCACUGGAACUGAUGGUGAGGGCAUUGGAUGCUGAAGGAAAUACUUUUAGUAGUUUGGCAGGUAUGAUGUUUGAGUGGAGUGUCGCCCAGGAUAACGAAUCCGCAAGAGAAGAAUUGUCUAGCAAAAUUAGGAUUCUGAAAUACUCCGAAGCAGAAUAUUCUCCACCAGUGUAUAUAGCUGAGAUGGAAAAAGAAGAGAAACAAGGAGAUAUGAUUUUGGUGUCUGGGAUCAGAACUGGUGCUGCUGUUGUAAAAGUUCGAAUUUAUGAGCCAUUCUAUAAGAAAGUGGCAGCAGCAUUGAUACGUCUGCUAGUUUUGGAGAAUAUAUUUCUUAUACCAUCCCAUGAUAUUUAUCUCUUAGUUGGAGCAUAUAUUAAAUACCGAGUUGCAAAAAUGGUGCAGGGAAGAAUGACAGAGGUGGGAUUUCCUCUGGAACACUACACACUGGAAUUGCAAGACCCCAGAGCUGGAUGUAAUGGGUCUCUUUCUGGGAAAGUGGCUUUACUGGAUGAGAAAACAGCCAUGGUGACUGCUGUCCACCUGGGCCAAACUAACCUUGUCUUUGUCCAUAAAAAUGUACAUAUGCGAUCUGUGUCUGGACUCCCAAAUUGCACCAUAUAUGUCGUAGAGCCUGGAUUUUUAGGUUUCACAGUUCAACCUGGAGACCGCUGGAGUCUAGAGGUGGGACAGGUGUAUGUCAUUACAGUAGAAGUGUUUGAUAAAAGCAGUACAAAGGUCUAUAUUUCAGAUAAUCUCAGGAUUAUGUGCCAGUUCCUAAGGGAGUACUUUGAAGAGCAGCUAACUACUGUGAAUGGAUCUUACCAUGUAGUAAAAGCUGUGAAGAGUGGUGUCGUGGUGAUAAAUGCAUCCCUGACUUCCAUCAUUUACCAGAAUAAAAAUAUUCAGCCUGUAAAAUUUCCAAUCAUACAUCAGCAAGAAGUGAAGAUUUAUUUUCCCAUCCAGCUUACACCCAACUUUCUGGCAUUUCCUCAUCAUCCUAUGGGAAUGUUGUAUCGUUAUAAAGUACAGGUAGAGGGUGGCAGUGGCAACUUCACUUGGACUUCUUCUAAUGAAACAGUGGCCAUGGUGACCACUAAAGGAGUAGUGACUGCUGGUCAGGUCAGGGGGAACAGUACUAUUUUGGCUCGAGAUGUACAAAAUCCCUUUCGAUAUGGAGAAAUUAAGAUAUAUGUCUUGAAACUGAACAAAAUGGAACUGUUACCAUUUCAUGCUGAUGUGGAGAUUGGCCAGAUUAUAGAAGUCCCCAUUGCAAUGUAUCAUGUAAAUAAGGAGACCAAAGAAGUCAUUGUGUUCAGUGACUGCUCUCAUUUAUUAUUGGAUCUGAACAUGGAUAAGCAAGGAGUUUUUACUCUUCUCAAGGAAGGUAUUCAAAGACCUGGACCAACACACUGCUCUAGUACACAUAUAGCAGCCAAGUCUUUAGGCCAUACCCUGGUCACAGUGAGUGUGACUGAGUCUGAAGAGUACUUGGAGAGCAGUGCCACAUUUGCUGCUUAUGAACCCCUAAAGGCUGUAAACCCUGUGGAGGUGGCAUUGGUGACAUGGCAGUCUGUGAAGGAAAUGGUAUUUGAAGGGGGCCCCCGCCCAUGGAUCUUGGAGCCCUCUCGAUUCUUUUUGGAGUUGAGCAUGGAGAAGACAGAGAAAAUUGAAUUAACACAAGUUCGGCUGCCAGCCAAGAGAAAACAGAACCAGUAUAUCUACCGGGUCUUGUGCCUGGAUUUAGGGGAACAAACUCUGACGUUCCGAAUUGGAAAUAACCCAGGUGUCCUGAACCCAAGUCCAGCUGUUGAGGCUGUACAGGUACGCUUCAUGUGUGCCCACCCUGCCAGCAUGUCAGUAACCCCAGUAUACAGAGAGCCAGCUGGUGCCCAGCCUUGCCCUCUGCCACAGCACAAUAAACAACUGAUUCCUGUAUCAAGCCUGAGGGACACAGUCCUGGAACUGGCAGUAUUUGAUCAACACAGGAGAAAGUUUGAUAAUUUCAGUUCACUAAUACUGGAAUGGAAAUCCUCAAAUGAAACACUAGCUCAUUUUGAAAAUUAUAAUUCAGUGGAGAUGGUAGCAAAGGAUGACGGCAGUGGCCAAACUCGGCUACAUGGUCACCAGGUCCUUAAAGUACAUCAGUUAAAAGGGACUGUACUCAUUGGAGUCAAUUUUGUGGGCUACUCAGAGAAGAAAAGUCCAGAGGAACUUUUCAACUUGCUCAGAUCUGCGGCUAUAGAGCUGCUGCUGGUAGAUGAUGUAACUGUACUGCCUGAGAAUGCCACCAUCUAUAACCACCCUGAUGUGAAGGAGAUAUUUAGCCUUGUGGAAGGAUCUGGUUAUUUCCUGGUCAACAGCAGUGAGCAGGACAUUGUCACCAUCACUUACAUGGAAGCAGAAAGCUCUAUCCAGUUAGUUCCGGUACACUCUGGAUUUCUCACCUUGGAGGUCUAUGAUCUGUGCUUGGCUUUCUUGGGUCCAGCAGUGGCCUACCUCAGGGUGUCAGACAUACAAGAGCUGGAACUUGAUCUGAUUGAUAAGGUUGAAAUAGGUAAAACUGUGUUAGUAACUCUGAGGGUUCUUGGCUCUUCCAAACGCCCAUUCCGAAAUAAAUACUUCAGAAACAUGGAGCUUAAACUGCAGUUGGCUUCUGCCAUUGUUACCCUGACGCUAGUGGAGGAACAGGAUGAAUACUCUGAAAAUUAUAUCCUUCGAGCUGUCUCUAUUGGGCAAACCACACUUGUGGCCAUUGCCAGGGACAAGAUGGGGAGGAAAUUCACAUCAGCUCCUCGCCAGGUUGAGGUAUUUCCUCCAUUCAAACUUGUUCCAGAGAAAAUGACACUGAUUCCAGCCAACAUGAUGCAGGUAAUGUCUGAAGGUGGCCCCCAGCCCCAAUCUAUUAUUCACUUCUCUAUCAGUAACCAGACUGUGGCUGUAGUGAACAGGAGGGGGCAGGUUACAGGGAAGGUAGUUGGCACAGCUGUGGUCCAUGGCACCAUCCAGACUGUAAAUGAAGAUACUGGCAAAGUCAUUGUGUUUUCCCAGGAUGAAGUAUACAUUGAGGUGGUCCAGCUACGGGCUGUUAGGAUCCUCGCAGCUGCUACUCGACUCAUUACAGCCACUGAGAUGCCAGUUUAUGUCAUGGGAGUGACGAGUACCCAGACCCCUUUCUCCUUCAGCAAUGCCAACCCUGGGCUCACAUUCCAUUGGUCCAUGAGCAAAAGGGAUGUAUUGGAUCUAGUGCCCAGGCAUUCAGAGGUUUUCCUACAGCUCCCAGUAGAAAAUAACUUUGCCAUGGUUGUCCACACAAAAGCAGCUGGUCGGACCAGUAUCAAAGUCACUGUCCGCUGCAUGAACAGUUCCUCUGGGCAGCUUGAGGGGAAUUUGUUAGAACUGUCUGAUGAAGUUCAGAUCCUGGUAUUUGAGAAACUCCAACUGUUCUUUCCAGAGUGUCAGCCUGAGCAAAUUCUGAUGCCUAUGAAUUCCCAGCUCAGACUCCACACCAACAGGUACUGCUGUGUUGGAAGUCACUUCUGUAGAACCUUUUGGAGUCAACCAAACAACCAUAACUGGAGUUCAGGUGAGGUGGCACCAGUGACAUACCUGCGGAUGAGCAGCCAACCCAAGCUGUAUGCAGCCCAUGGGAGGACCCUGCCAGCCUUCCCCGUGGGCAUGUCUCUCACCUUCAUUGUCCAGUUUUAUAACAGCAUCGGAGAGAAAUUCCACACACACAAUACCCAGCUUCAUCUGGCUCUGAACAGAGAUGACCUGCUCCUUAUUGGGCCAGGGAAUAGAAACUAUACUUACGUGGCCCAGGCAGUGAACACAGGAGUGACACUUUUGGGAAUCUGGGACCGGAGGCACCCAGGUGUGGCAGAUUACAUCCCUGUUGCUGUGGAGCAUGCCAUUGAGCCUGACACCCACCUCACCUUUGUUGGAGAUGUCAUCUGCUUCAGUACUCACCUCCUCAGCCACAAUGGUGAACCUGGGAUAUGGAUGAUUUCUGCUGACAACAUUCUACAAACAGAUACUGGCACUGGAGUGGGAGUAGCCAGGAGUCCAGGAAUAGCAGUGGUCUUUCAUGACAUCCCAGGAGUGGUGAAAACAUAUCGAGAGGUGGUGGUCAAUGCAUCAUCAAGAUUAACACUCAGUUUUGACCUCAAGACCCACCUCACCAAUACCCCCAAUUCAACUGUGUUCAAGCUCUUCAUUACCACUGGCAGAAAUGGUGCUAAUCUUAAAGGAUCCUGUACCCCAAGUCAGGCCUUGGCCAUUACAACAAUACUUCUUCCUGAGACUCUUGUGCUAUGCCAUGUGCAGUUCAGUAAUACUUUGCUAGACAUCCCAGCAAGCAAAAUCUUCAAUGUCCAUGCAGGUUUCAGCAUGGAGAAAGGAGUUUAUGUCUGCCUAAUCAAGGUUCGACCCCAGUCAGAAGAGCUGCUACAGGCCCUCAGUGUGGCCGACACCUCAGUCUAUGGGUGGGCUACAUUGGUCAGUGAACGGAGCAGGAACGGAAUGCAAAGAAUCCUCAUUCCUUUCAUCCCAGCCUUUUACAUCAAUCAGUCAGAAGUGGUUCUCAGCCACAGACAAGACAUCGGGGAGAUAAGAGUGCUGGGGGUCGACAGAGUUCUUGAGAAGCUAGAGGUCUUCCCCAGCUCCCCAGUUCUAGUGGUCUCUGGCCACAGGGAGUCUUCCCUCACACCUGGCCUGGCUGUCUACCGGGUAAGAGUAGUCAACUUCACCUCCCUUCAGCAGACGGCAUCACCCAUUUUCAUCAAUAUUUCCUGUGCGCUCACCAGUCAAAGUGAGGCUGUGCUAGUGAGAGCUCUGAAGGAUAAAUCUGGUACAGAUCAGUGUAAAGGUUCAAGUGUCCUCCAGAAGUUCCUGAGCUCUCACCAGACCAUCCUCUUUACCCUUUUUGCAAUGCUGGCAUCAACAGCUUUCAUCUUUCUAGCAUACAAUGCCGUCUUAAACAAGAUACAGACAGUUCCCAUUGUUUAUGUGCCAACUCUAGGAACAUCACAACCAGGUUCUUAUGCCCCCACCACACGUUCUCCUCCGCCUUUCCUGAGUCCCCAACCCCCACCAGCUCAGAGUCGGCUACAACACUGGCUGUGGAGUGUAAGGCACUAAACUCCACUUGGACAAAUCCCUUCAGCUGUAAAGAACUGGAGCUAUAAGCCCCCAAACUAGGUUUCCAAAAACUGUAAAUAAAGGAUCGAUCCUAAGGUGUUCGGCACUAAA